AUGAUAAGGGAUGUUGUCAAGGACUAUGCCAUGGAGAAUCAGAAGAAUGAUUCCAAAAGGAAUGUGGUUAAAUGCUCUGAUGGUUGUAAGUUCUACAUGAGAUUUAGUAAGAGGAUUGGAAACCAGUUUUGGCAAGUUGUAACUUUAAUUGAAUACCAUACAUGCCAUAGGACUGCUGACAACAGGAGUGCAAAGACAAAGUGGCUUGCCAAUAAGUUUACAAGCAUACUUAGACAUAGUCCUUCUAUGAAACCAUCAGGCCUCAGAGCCGAAGCUGUUGAGAGAUGGGGAGUGAAACUAUCAUAUGAUCAGGCAUAUAGGGAAAAGAGGAAAGUAGUGAAGUUAGUUCAAGGGGCUGGUAUUGAGCAAUUCACUCAUUUGAGAAGUUAUGGGCAAGAGUUAUUGAAAUCAAAUCCUAAUAGUACUGUUGUAAUACAAUGUGCUGAUAGUAAUGACAACCAUGUGUUUGAAAGAAUUUAUGUCUGUUUAGAGGCUUGCAAGGCAGGGUUUGCAAAGACAUGCAAGCCUCUUAUUGGGUUUGAUGCAUGUUUCUUGAAAGAAGAUUAUGGUGGACAAUUAAUGGCAGCAGUAGGGAGGGAUGGCAAUAACCAAAAUUUUUCAAUUGCAUAUGGUGUAGUUGAAUCUGAAACAAAGGAUUCAUGGCAAUGGUUUUUAAACCUUCUUAUGCAUGAUUUGGAAGGAUACAGUCAAAGGUCUUAUGAAUUUAUAUUAGAUUAG